UUAUAGAGCCUGAAACGACGCCGGCGAUAGUAGAAGAUGGAAAACCAGGGCCAAAGUUAAUCAGACAGAAGCCGCGCCAAGAUUAAAGGAACAAGGUCGACUAGCCGAGCCGUACAUUGAGUCGCAGUCCUCAUAUGGUCAAGAGCUAUUGACUGAUACAACUAGUAGUGAUGAUGAGGACGCUAGGGUGAUGAUGGAUAGGAAAAAGAUAGCUUUGCGAGGAAACUUGAAUGAUGGCAAAAAGAGUUACUGGUCCAAGCUUGCUUCAGCACAUGCGCACGAGAGGUCACGAUCAAUUUCCAAAACUACUACUGAUGUCUCUAUCUCUAGCUCCGCCGGAUAUCACCCCAGUGAACCUGCCAUGCCGCGAGAAAGGACUAGGCUCGGAAAAAAGAGAGUUGAAGCAAAAGCAAAGCCCGAAGCUGAGCUUGCAAAUGUAGAGUCUAAAGUAGGAAUGAAACCACUUCGUCGUCCUCGAUCUAAUACCAACAGUGGUCAUUCACUUCAUGAACACCAUCGUUCUCAGAGAUACAGAGAAGGCCAGCAAUUAUCAGAGCUGCAGCAACUGCAGCGGCCACAGCAAUAUCUUCAUUCUCCUCAUCAUCGUCAUCUCCCACAUCUGCAAGAACAACAGUACCGGAAGCACCAUACACUGCCAGAGCGCUUUUCAGUUCACUUUAUGUUUUUGAGUCUUGUGGUUCGAGUCUGGUUCUGUCUGUCGAUCUGUAACCCUAUCAUGGUUCGUUCCUUGGUUCUGUACCCAGUUUUGAUACUGACGGUGAUCUGGGAUCGAUAUUUGCUUUCAUUGAUAUCUAAGAAAUUUUUCAAAAGAAAGUCGUCAGCAUUGACAUUGGAGCCUUUGCAAUCACUACCACUAAUACCCUCAUUACCAGCAAUACCAGCAGAAGCAGUAAGAAGACGACGUGGCUCGAUGGUGUCAAGGACGCGAAGAAUGUCUGUGUAUGAUGAUAAAGAAGCAGGGGUUAGUCGACAACGUCGCCAGGUGUCUAGCGGUGAGACUGACGAUGAGAUUAGUAGUAGUAGCUAUGGUGACGAAGAUAAUGAGAGGGGUAUUGUUGAUCAGGGUUCUAGUGGUGCUAUGAUUGUUGACUCGAAGCAUGGAGGCAGGGUUAGUCAAGGCCAAGAUCGAGACCAAGACCAAUACGGGCGACAGAAUCAUAAGCAGAAGCAGGGACGUGUGGAUGCUGUACCAAUUUGGCAAGCCUUUGCGAGCGGGGUCUUUUUACAAUUGUUCUGGAUUGGCUGUGUUUGGAUUUUUAGUCAUGAUGGUCUUUGUAAUCAAAUUUGAAUUUUUUUUAUUCCUUGACAGUCUACGCCACCUCAUGUAGCGCAUCUGUAUUGUGUUCUGCGCCGUGGAUCAAUACAUCAUUAUUCAGAAAAUAAAGACUAUGAAUAGGGGAGGUUCUACUCAACUAACCCACUCUCUCUGUGAUGAUAAACUAGAA